GCGUCUUCUGUAAAAGCCUCUGCAGACUCGUUUUUAUAAUGCUGACAGUCGCCGUUUUGCUCUGCUAAAAAGGAUGUUUCUGAAAGCCUCUGACGACGUUUUAAACACGCUAACAGUCACCGCUGUACAUGACCCAGGAGACAGCGCUCGUGUCACGACGUCCACCAUUGAUUUUCCAUCAAUCAUACAGAGUUAGCUCCCAUUUCCAGCAGCCGCAGCAGCACAAUAAUAAAUGUCACGUGACAUUCGCCGUGUUUUUUACAAUAUUUCCUGUCGACUUCAUAUCGAUUUUUAGGCGAGGUAAUGUGAAGAUAUUUGGAUUAAUCCCGGGGUGUCGUGAGGGAAUGUGAUAAACCCCAGCGUCCGGACCCAGGGAGCCACCAGUACCCACCACGAUAUUCCAUUGUGAAGUUACUAAAUCUGUAGUGGUGAGACACCCAGGAUCUGUUACCAUGGAGAUUCAGGGUACUUGGAAGGUGUUCCUCCUCUUGCUAUUUGUAAUCCAGUCCUUUGCUAACCCACGCAUUGUCAGGAUUGGUGCUAUCCUUAGCUCUCCACAAAACCAACAAAUUUUUCAGGAGGCCGUGCGCAACUUAAACAACCAUUCUGAAGUUUCCAAGAUUAUUCGUUUUGAGUUCACCUCCAUUCUGAUGGACCCAAACAGGAUCCGUUCUGCCCUCAAACUUUGUGAUGAGCUGGUGAAAAAGGCAGUCCACAUUGUGAUCGUGAGUCACCCACCUGAUGACGUCGACCAGGCACCCAUCUCAGUGUCAUACACGUGUGGCUUCUACAAUAUCCCCGUCAUUGGGAUCUCAACUAGAGAUAGCUCAUUCUCAGACAAGAAUGUACACCCCACGUUCCUGAGGACAGUCCCACCAUACUUCCACCAGGCCGACGCUUGGCUGGAGAUGUUGACCCAUUUUGCAUGGAAACAGGUCAUCUUCAUUCACAGUAUGGACGAGGAGGGACGUAUGAUCCUGAGUCGCUUCAAAUGGCUGGCUGAAAAGGAGGACAUUAUGCUAGAAAAGGUGUACAAGUACCCAUCUGGUAUAAAGAAAUUCACAUCAAUCUUGAAGUCCUUACCAUCCUUACAGUCAAGAGUUAUACUCCUGUCAGCAUCACAAAGGGAUGCUGAGAGUCUGUUUAGAGAUGCAAAGAAUCUGAAUCUGACCACAGCAGGAUAUGCCUGGAUAGUGAGUGAGCAGGCCCUGGAAGCCUCUACCAUUCCUGUUGGUAUGCUUGGUUUGAAGUUGUCUAACAGCACUAACGAAGAUGUCCACAUCAGGGACAGUGUACAAGUUAUUGGUAAGGCCAUGCGACAGUUCUUCGUUGACAACAGUGACCUACAGAACAUCACCGACACACCCACAGAUUGUCGCAGUGCAGACAACAACUGGCAGAUUGGCCGCAAAAUACUAGAGGCACUGAAGGCUGAGAAGUUGGAGAAGGGUCACACAGGACAGGUGAGCUUUAACGAGGAUGGCGACCGGGUCAACGCCGUUUACUUCAUCAGAAACAGCCAGCAGGACAAAGUCAGCAUGGUUGGCUACUAUGGCAACAAACAGGCCACAGAACCUGCUCUGAAGAUCACAGGUGAAAAUAAGAUUGUGUGGCCUGGUAACCUAAUGGUGAAACCCAAAGGUGUCAAGAUCUCCACGCACCUCAAGGUGGUGACAUUGAAGGCCACGCCCUUUGUACACACAGAGCUUCUGUCAGAGAAAGGUUCCUGUGAGGAAGGCAAGAAUGAACGCAUAUGUUGGAAAGUCAACUCUACAACAGGGGAGAAAGUUGACUACUGUUGCUAUGGUUACUGCAUUGAUAUGUUGAUUGACAUCUCCAAGAAAGUCAACUUUACCUUUGAGUUACAUCUGAGUACUGACAACUCGUUUGGCACACUUACGAGGAGUAACAACAGUAAGAUGAAGACAUGGAACGGGAUGAUUGGAGAACUUGUCAGUGAACAGUCCGAUCUGAUAGUGGCACCACUCACGAUCAACCCUGAGCGGGCUGAACACAUUGACUUCUCCAAGCCUUUCAAGUACCAGGGACUCAUCAUUCUGGUCAAAAAGACCCAGAAGGACUCCAGUCUGGCCUCCUUCCUACAGCCGUUCCAGGACACACUGUGGAUCCUGGUCGGUCUGUCCGUCCAUGUGGUGGCCCUGGUCCUCUACCUCCUUGACAGAUUCUCUCCCUUUGGUCGCUUCAAGCUGGCCAAGAGUGACGACACUGAGGAGGAUGCUCUUAACUUGUCUAGUGCCAUGUGGUUUGCCUGGGGGGUGCUGCUCAACAGUGGCAUUGGAGAGGGAACCCCACGCAGCUUCAGUGCCCGUGUACUAGGAAUGGUGUGGGCUGGCUUUGCUAUGAUCAUUGUGGCUUCCUACACUGCUAACCUGGCAGCGUUUCUGGUGCUGGAUCGUCCCGAGGCCUCAAUUACAGGCAUAGACGAUGCUAGGCUCCGUAAUCCAAAUGAAAACUUCAAAUAUGCCACGGUGAAGAACAGUGCUGUAGAGAUGUAUUUCAAGAGACAAGUGGAGUUAUCUACCAUGUACCGUCAGAUGGAGACACGAAACUACCGCACAGCUGAGGAAGCUAUCAACGAAGUGAAGAAAGGUGAGCUUCAAGCAUUUAUCUGGGACUCAUCCCGUCUGGAGUACGAGGCUGCCAAAGAUUGUGAGCUGAUCACUGCUGGAGAGCUGUUUGGUCGGUCAGGCCUUGGAAUUGGUCUCCGCAAGAAAAGUCCUUGGACCCAUGAUAUCUCUAUGGCAAUUCUAAAACUCCAUGAACGUGGUCGUAUGGAGGAACUAGACAAUAAGUGGAUUCUCAAUGAGAGCACUGACUGCUCCGAGAGUGAACGAGACUCAGCGCCCGCCACACUUGGUCUGACCAACAUGGCAGGUGUGUUCAUGAUGGUGGCCGGAGGAAUUGUUGCCGGUGUGUUCCUUAUCUUUGUGGAAAUAGCAUAUAAGCGUCAUCGAGGACUCAAAGAAAAGGAGCUGGAACUGGCACGGAAUGCUGCUGACAGAUGGAGGGGUAAUAUAGAGAAAAAGAAACAACUGCGGGAAUCAUGGAAUUUCCUUCGAGUUUUGAAAGAAGAAAAUCAAGCUGCAUCAAAUCAACAAUUUGAGGAAGAAAAUGAAACAAAGGAUCUUUGAUUGAUGUUACUAUUUAUAGUUAUAUCAAAUUGUGCAUUUACAUAUAGAUAUCUUAGAAUUGAAAUAGUUGUUUAUACAUACUAACAUAUGUUUGUGUGCUGAUGUCAGUAUUAAAUCCUAUGAAAUGAUAAUUAUAUAGUCUUAGUUCACUAGUAGAAUGAAUAGUUGGUACUCUUCCAAAUAUAUAUUUCACCCCCAAAUGAAACAUUGCUGUUAUUCAAAGAUACCCAAAAAUGUUUUAUUAUAGUUUAACAUAUAAAAAUUUUUUAUAAUCAAAGAUACAUGGGAUGCUGUAUGGUACUGCAAUAGUAACAAAACCUCAGAUCUAACGUAUUGUGACAUUAGAAUUGACCAUGUCCAUCACACUAAACACCUGCUCUUUUAUUGACUGGAUUGGUCUGAAAAUAACAAAAACGCUAUUAAAAAGUAUAUACACAGAUUGUUAUUUGUCAUAAAUACAGUCUAAUUAUACAGUAUAUAAUAAAUAUAAUUGGUCAUAAAUACAGUCUAGCUAAUUAUACAGUAUAUACAAGUUAAUACAGUCCAGCUAAUUAUACAGUUUAUACAAUUUUUAAUUGGUCUUAAAUACAGUCUAGCUUAUUAUACAGUAUAUACAAUUUUUUAUUGGUCUUAAAUACGGUCUAGCUAAUUAUACAGUAUAUACAAUUUUUAAUUGGUCAUAAAUACAGUCUAGCUAAUUAUACAGUAUAUACAAUGUGUUAUUGGUCAUAAAUACAGUUUAAUUAUAUGGUUUUUAUCAGGUGUCAUCACUGAUAACUAUAGUCUAGUUGUUAUACAAGUUAUUAUUGAUCAUAAAUAAAGUCUCAUUAUAUAGUUUUUAUCAGGUGUCAUCACUUAUAAGUAUAGUCUUAUUAUAAAGUAUAUACAAUGUAUUAUUGAUCAUAAAUAUAGCAUAAUUAUAAAGUAUAUAUCUAUAAGUUGUUAUCAGUAAUGAAGAAAUAUAUAUAACAUAUACAAGAUGUUAUCAGGAAUAAAUACAGUCUAAUUAUAAAGUAAAGAUGUUAUUGGUAAUGCAUACAUAAUGUAUAUAAGUUUAUUUUUUUUAUAACAUGACCCAUCUGACAGUGCCCUUUGUGAUUAUAUAUUGCACACCUAAUAGUUCCCUUUGUGAUUUUACAUAUGUUUUAGAUAAUGUCCAUUCCCUGUGUCACUUUUACAAAGAAAUGUUUUGUUCUAUUUAUUCAGAUUGUAUUUUCUAUUAUAAAUGUGAUAUUUAUUUAAUACAUAAUGUUUUAAAUAUCCCAGAUAUAAGAAGUGUUGACAAUUUAGAUGUUAGAUAUUUGGUAUGGAUGGGCAAGUGGUGUGUAUUGUGAGGAGUAUUUAAUAGAGUUGAAAAUGUGUCUAUAUAUAUAUUAUUUUUACAUCCAUUAAGAAAUAAAUAUAAAAAUAUUUCCUACUUGAACUGCCAAUUGCAGUAUGAGAUAUAUCAUUAAUCCAGAGAUAUCACACCCUGUGUUUGACCUACUUUAAUCAAGAGAUCUUGUACCCUGUGUUUGGCCUACUAUAUUCCAGAGAUCUCAAAACACAUGUAAGACCUACUUUAAUCCAGAUAUUGCACAACCUGUGUAUGGUAUUUCAAAUUCAGAUGUUUUAUUUAUUAUCUCACCCUGUGUUUGACCUACUUUAAUCCAGAGAUAUCACACCCUGUGUUUAACCUUCUUUAAUCCAGAGAUAUCACACCUUUAAUCCAGAGAUAUCACACCCUGUGUUUGACCUACUUUAAUCCAGAGAUCUCACACUCUGUGUUUGACAUAUGUAAUCAAGAGAUCUUGUUCCCUGUGUUUUGCCUACUUAAAUUCAGAGAUAUUAUACCCUGUGUUUGCCCUACUUUAAUCCAGAGAUCUCACGCCCUGUGUUUGACCUACAUUAAUCCAGAGAUAUCAAAAACACAUGUAAGACCUACUUUAAUCCAGAUAUUGCACAACCUGUGUAUGGUAUUUCAAAUUCAGAUGUUUUAUUUAUUAUCUCACCCUGUGUUUGACCUACUUUAAUCCAGAGAUAUCACACCCUGUCUUUGACCUUCUUUAAUCCAGAGAUAUCACACCUUUAAUCCAGAGAUAUCACACCCUGUGUUUGACCUACUUUAAUCCUGAGAUCUCACACUCUGUGUUUGACAUAUGUAAUCAAGAGAUCUUGUACCCUGUGUUUUGCCUACUUAAAUUCAGAGAUAUUAUACCCUGUGUUUGACCUACUUUAAUCCAGAGAUCUCACGCCCUGUGUUUGACCUACAUUAAUCCAGAGAUAUCAAACCAUGUGACCACUUUAAUCCAGAGAUAUCACACCCUGUGUUUGACCUACAUUAAUCCAGAGAUAUCAUACCCUGUGUUUGACCUACUUUAAUCCAGAGAUCUCCCACCCUGUGUUUGACAUAUUUAAUCAAGAGAUAUUAUACCCUGUUUGGCCUACUUAAAUUCAGAGAUAUUAUACCCUGUGUUUGACCUACUUUAAUCCAGAGAUCUCACACCCUGUGUUUGACAUAUUUAAUCAAGAGAUCUUGUACCCUGUGUUUGGCCUACUUUAUUUCAGAGAUCUCAAAACACAUGUAAGACCUACUUUAAUCCAGAGAUUGCACAACCUGUGUAUGGACUUCAAAUCCAGAUGUUUUUUUAUUAUCUCACCCUGUGUUGAAUCCAAGUUCUCACACCCUGUAUGACCUACUUAAUCAAGAGAUCUCACACUGCGUGUAUGAAAUUAAUCCAGAGAUCUCUAAACUGUUUGACCUACUUUAUCCAGUAGUACUCAAACACGAUGUGUUUGGCCUACUUUUAUCUAGAGAUCUCGUACCCUGUGUUUGACCUACUUUAAUCAAGAGAUCUCACACCAUGUGUUUGACCUACUUUUAUAUAGAGAUCUCAUACCCUAUGUUUGGCCUACUUUAAUCCAGAGAUCUCACACCGUGUGCUUGCAUGGUCUACUUUAAUCCAGUCUGUUUUAAUCUAGAGAUAUCGCAUCCUGUGUUUGGUUUACUUUAUUCAAGAGAUCUCGCACCAUGUGCUUGGCCUACUUUAAUCUAGAGAUCUCGUACCCUGUGUUUGGGCUACUUUAAUCCAGAGAUCUCGUACCCUGUGUUUGGUCUACUUUAAUCCAGAGAUCUCACACCCUGUGUUUGGUCUACUUUAAUCCAGAGAUCUCGUACCCUGUGUUUGGCCUACUUUAAUCCAGAGAUCUCACACCCUGUGUUUGGCCUACUUUAAUUUAGAGAUUUUACUCCCUGUAUAUGACAAACAUAUAGAUUCUUAGUAUAAGUUUGGUCUCCUCGUACGUGUGGUCACUUGUAACUGCUGGUCACACAUGUACCGCCUCAUCUUAAACCUUACACCACUGGGAAAACCAAGUGUAUCGCUUAUCAAGAUAAAACUAUGAACAGAUACAGUCUGUUUGAAGUAAAUGUCCCUGUCCCUAUGUCCCAUCUCCGAGGAUGUUUGUCAUCAUGUCCCGUCUCCGAGGAUGUUUGUCCCCUUGUCCCGUCUCCGAGGAUGUUUGUCACCAUGUCCCGUCUCCGAGGAUGUUUGUCCCCAUGUCCCUUCUCCGAGGAUGUUUGUCCCCUUGUCCCGUCUCCGAGGAUGUUUGUCCCCAUGUCCCGUCUCCGAGGAUGUUUGUCACCAUGUCCCUUCUCCGAGAAUGUUUGUCCCCAUAUCCCGUCUCCGAAGAUGUUUGUCACCAUGUCCCGUCUCCGAGGAUGUUUGUCACCAUGUCCCGUCUCCGAGGAUGGUUGUCCCCAUGUCCCAUCUCCGAGGAUGUUUGUCACCAUGUCCCGUCUCCGAGGAUGUUUGUUCCCAUGUCCCGUCUCCGAGGAUGUUUGUCUCCGUGUCCCAUCUCCGAGGAUGGUUGUCCCCAUGUCCCGUCUCGGAGGAUGUUUGUCACCAUGUCCCGUCUCCGAGGAUGUUUGUCACCAUGUCCCGUCUCCGAGGAUGUUUGUCACCAUGUCCUGUCUCCGAGGAUGGUUGUCCCCAUGUCCCGUCUCCGAGGAUGUUUGUCACCAUGUCACGUCUCCGAGGAUGUUUGUCCCCUUGUCCCGUCUCCGAGGAUGUUUGUCACCAUGUCCCAUCUCCGAGGAUGGUUGUCCCCAUGUCCCAUCUCCGAGGAUGUUUGUCCCCAUGUCCCGUCUCCGAGGAUGUUUGUCUCCGUGUCCCGUCUCCGAGGAUGUUUGUUCCCAUGUCCCGCUCCGAGGAUGUUUGUCUCCGUGUCCCGUCUCCGAGGAUGUUUGUUCCCAUGUCCUUACUCAUCGAAUGUUUGUCAUCUGUACGAUUUGUACUACUUUAAGAUGCACAGUAAUUAAAAUGUUUGCCAAAA